AUGAUCGACGUCGUCGAUCCGCGAAAAUUUCGUUCUUUUUGUCUUCGUGGCGAAGGACGAGCAAAUUUUGUCAUUAGUGCUAAGCACACGACAUCAGGAAUAAGAAUUGUCUGGAGGUUCGCAAAGGCAAGAAAAAGUGGUCUUCUAACAUGGAAGGCUAAAAGUGAAUUAGUAAAUCAAUAUAUGGAGCGGUUCGUCUCUCCUUUUUUCGACGCGCGGUUUCUGGUAAAUCCAAAAAUCAUCGAAAUGGCAGUUACUGAUGUCCACCAAUUAGCAAAGAUCCCUUCGUUACCAGCCAAUUUCAAGAUCGAAAAAUUUGAAGAAUUAUUAGCCCUUCCCGAGGAUCUGUCGUUCUUCCCGUUAAAUAAUGUACCGAGAAACGUCGUGAGGCUUUCCGCCUUGGAAAUGUUGGAUGCUACAAGAAUUCCGAAACACCUCAUUUCCUAUAUUGGACCGACCAUCACGGUAGAAAUCAAGCCUAAGCAAGGAUUUUUCCAAAAUCAUGCCUCAAUUGAUCUUCCAUUCUGUAAUAAUUGCAUUCUACAGCUCGAGAAAUGCGGCUCGGACCAUUACGAAGAGAUGUACGAUUUCUGCCCAAUAGACCUCUUCUCGGGAAACCUAUCUAGAAUGAAGUCUGCUCUUGAGGCACUGUUGAAAGUUCCACACAGGAACCUACGUAUUUUCGUCGACGGAAACCUGAUACACUCCGACGAAUCUCUUCUUGAUGCCACUCUUUUUUCAACGACCUUAUUUCCUAGUGGACAGGGGAACGCAGAUGACUUGAUUACAGCGCUGUGCCUCGUGCUGGCAGGAUGUGAGGAUGUUCGCGACUUUUCCUUACGGGAUGACUCCGUUCUUGGACAAAUUCUGGUGGCGCAGAAGAUUGAUUCAGUGGGUAUCGUUAAAGCUCAUCAAAUAUACAAAAGUCUUCCAGCUGCCGUGCAGAAAGAAUUGCACGACAAAAGUCGCCUUCCUGUUAGAGGUCUAGAAGUCCUGGAGGCAACAGAUGAUCGAGCUCUUCUAGAGCAGUAUCUCUUAGCUGCAACGAUGAAGGAUUGUUCCAUAAUGGCUUCUUUCCGAUUGGUACCAUCAGGAACGUAUCACACUCCUUCAGGUGUUGAUGAAGCUCAAAUGAUCAAGCUGGCUAAUGGCUUGUGCUUCGCGUAUUCCGUGAAGAUUGUUGAUUUAGACCCUAAGAGCCCUAAAAAUUUAGUCAGUGCCUUUGCAAGAUUUAUGGCCGGGGUUAAAUUGAUUCGUCUUGAAUCCGUUACUAGAACUCCCUGUGUUGAAUCCCUGUGA